UGGAGCCAGAGAGCGAGAGGGAGCGCCAGAGCCCUCCCGCUCGCCUUUUGGCCGGCGCCGGGGCUGCCGAUGGCGGGGCGGCUGUGAGCUCCUCCAGGGUGCGGCGACGGCGGCGGCGGCGCUCCGGCCCGGCCAUGUCGUACCCGCAGGGCUACCUCUACCAGCCGCCCGGCUCGCUGGCCCUCUACUCCUGCCCGGCGUAUGGCGCCUCGGCGCUGGCGGCGCCCCGAAGCGAGGAACUGGCGCGCUCCUCCGCCGGCUCGGCCUUCAGCCCCUACCCAGGCUCGGCGGCCUUCACGGCCCAGGCGGCCGCCACCGGCUUCGGCAGCCCGCUGCAGUACUCCGCCGACCCCGCCGCCGCCGGAUUCCCCUCCUACAUGGGCACCCCCUACGACGCGCACAGCACCGGCAUGAGCGGCGCCAUGGGCUACCACCCGUACGGCAGCCCGGCCUACCCCUACCAGCUGAACGACCCGGCCUACCGCAAGAACGCCACGCGCGACGCCACGGCCACGCUGAAGGCCUGGCUGCAGGAGCACCGCAAGAACCCCUACCCGACCAAGGGCGAGAAGAUCAUGCUGGCCAUCAUCACCAAGAUGACCCUCACGCAGGUCUCCACCUGGUUCGCCAACGCCCGCCGCCGCCUCAAGAAGGAGAACAAGAUGACCUGGGCCGCCCCCAACAAGAGCGAGGACGACGACGACGAGCCCGACGGCGACGCCGAGCGCGCCAAGGGGGCCGCCGACAAGGCGCGGGACGGACACGACGCUUCGGCCGACGACGAAGGGAUCAGCUUGCAGGUGGACUCCCUCACCGACCACUCCUGCUCUGCCGAAUCGGACGGCGAGAAGGCCCCGCGUCGGGCCGGAGAACCUCUGUGCGAGUCGGGGUCGGAGUGCAAGGACAAGUACGAGGAGCUGCAGGACGACGAGGAAGAGGACGACGACGACGACGAGGAGGUCAAGGCCGUCACCUCGUCCCCACUCACCGGCCUGGAGGCGCCGCCGCUGCUGGGUCACCCGCAGGGCGAGGACGCCGUCCGGAGCCACGGCAACAAAGCGCUGCUGGAAGGCCGGCUGCCCCCGACGGCGCCCACGCAGGCCAGCAAGCCCAAGCUCUGGUCGCUGGCCGAAAUCGCCACCUCGGACCUUAAGCAGCCGCCGCCGCCGCCGCCGCCGCCCUCGUCGCUGCUGGGCCGGCACCUCUACUACGCGGCGGCGGCGGCGCCCUUUUACGGCAACUACACGAACUACGGGAACUUCAGCGCGCUGCAGGGCCCGGGCCUGCUGCGCUACAACGCGGCCGCCGUGGCCGCCAGCGAGGGACUAGUGGGCCCGGCCGUCUUGGGCGCCGGCGGGGGCGGCAGCGCAGCGCACAAGGCCGGCGCCGCCGAGAACGCCCUCAAAAGCCUGGCCGGGGCCCCCCAGCCGCACUACAAGCCCGCCGACGCCGACGCCAAGAAAGAUCCCACUGAAGUGUGCCCAGGAGGAGUACAGGCCUACCUAUAGAAGGCACGUAGGUGUCACAAUUGCUUUGAGAAAAGUCAACAAGCCAUCAGAUCUAUUCUUAUCUCUAAACAUAACUCUAAAUCUGGAUCACAUCUUGUGCCACUAUAUAAAAGAAGACCACAGAGCACUAAUAAAUCGACAGACUCUAAUAAUUAAAGCAGAAUUUUGUUGGACAUUAUGUGAGUUUGCUGGUAUAGUCUAGUUUCCCUAAUGUAUGUGUGAUUUCAAACAAAGGAAGAAGAAAAGGAAAAAAAACACACACAAAGCAAAUCUGUUUUUUUCUCAGGAUAUCUUGAAUGAUCACUUCAUUGCCACGGUAUAUAUAUCAAUAUAAAUAUAUAUAUUCUGUAGGUGUGAUAGGAUUUAUUGUACAAAUUCUUUGUUAAAAGAUGCAUACAGUAGCAAUUAAAAAGAAACCGUGAUUGAAGAACUUGAGUACUUACAAAGUGGAAAAAAAAUUUGAUAUUUAUUUUUGUAAUAAUAUAAGAGCUUCUAGUAAUUUAUGCAAGUUGUAUUGCAAUGAAAUCACAACUCUUUUGUAAAUAAAUUAUGCCUGAUUUUUAUUUGAGACAUUGAUGGUUAUACAAUCUCUCGUUGUUUAAUGAGAAUUCUUUACUAAUUUAUAUCUUUUAUUGUAAAUAAAACCAGACUAGUCUGCA